AAGAGAAAAUUCGACCUGAAAACCAAAGAGAUAAGCGUAACGGCACAAUUGGCUGAGAAUCAGAUAUGAGUUCCUCAUUCAUCCCCAGGGCUUUGCCUUCUCUCUUCCCAUCCCACCAUUCAACAAACCCUUCUCUCAUCAUUUCUUGCAAGCAAAAUCAAACCCAGAAUUUCAAUUCCAAGCAGGCAAACUCGAACUCAAGAAUCUGCUCAAAGAACAUAAGAAAUUUCUGCAUUAAGCAGUCGGGUUUGGCUAUUCAAGUUGGAAUAAUUUUAGCAGCUGUUGCAGAGCCUGCUCUUGCUGUAACAGGAGUGAAUGAAGAAGAAGAUCUUUUAUGGGUUUUGAUUCAGUUGGGAAUUUCAGCUUUCCUGUACUUCAUCGUUGCCCCACCCAUAAUCAUGAACUGGCUUAGGACCAGAUGGUACAAGAGGAACUUGUUGGAGAUGUAUUUGCAAUUCAUGUUUGUUUUUAUGUUCUAUCCGGGUGUAUUGCUAUGGGCACCAUUUCUCAACUUCAGGAAAUUCCCACGAGAUCCAGACAUGAAGUACCCUUGGUCUACACCACAAAAUCCUUCACAAAUUAAGGGCGGAUUCUUGAAGUAUCCUUGGGCCCAACCUGAAGAUUAUGAAUAAAUUUCCCAACUUGUAUUCACCAGUGCCACUAAUGCAAAUGUAUAGUUACCUAUACAAACUUAUUUCAAUGUUCUUUCCUAUGGCAAAGGCUUGACGACUAGAAAGUGUACUUGAAUUUUCAUUCCAAAAUUGCACUUUUUCGUCA